UUCAAGAUGAUCAAUCGCAUAAUUGUGGUCCUUUGCCUUUGGACUGCACUUUCAAUAACCUCUUCUACAACUCAAACCACAGCAGCAAACGAAUCGAUUGGUUGCAUACUCUUUCCCGAACGGCCAAGAUGUAAACCCAGUACAGCGACGGAUAAAAUAACGACUACGACUGAAAAUUUGACAACAACCACAAUAGAACUAGCAACUUUGACCACAACCACAGUCGCACCUUCGACUACCGAGGGAGUAACAACAACCACUAUCGGUCCUACAAGCACAGAAAUAAGUAGUACUUUAGCAACAACAGCCACUCUCGCUCCAACAACGACCUUAGCUCCUACGACCACCGAAGAAAUAACAACCACCACUGUAGCACCUAUGACCACCGAAGGAAUAAACACUACUUUAGCAACGACAACCACUGUCGCUCAUACAACCACCGAAAAAAUAACAGCAACCACUGUCGAUUCCACAACCACAGAACAAGUAACAACAGCCACGUCAGCACCUACAAGUACAGAAGAAUUAACCACAACCACAAUCGCUCCUACGACCACCGAAGGAGUUACAACAAACACUAUCGCUCCUACAAGCACAGAAAUAAGUACUACCUUAGCAACAACAACCACUAUCGCUCCUACGACCACCGAAGAAACAACAACAACCACAAUCGCACCUACAACCACUGAAGAAAUAACUACAACCACGUUAACACCUACGGGUACAGAAGAAUUGAGCACAACCACAAUCACUCCUACGACCACCGAAGGAGUUACAACAAACACUAUCGCUCCUCCAAGCACAGAAAUAAGUACUACCUUAGCAACAACAACCACUAUCGCUUUUACGACCACCGAAGAAAUAACAACAACCACUGUAGCACCUACGACCACCGAAGGAAUAAUCAUUACUCUAGCAACAACUACAACAAACACUAUCGCUCCUACAAGCACAGAAAUAAGUACUACCUUAGCAACAACAACCACUAUCGCUCCUACGACCACCGAAGAAAUAACAACAACCACUGUCGAUUCCACAACCACAGAACAAGUAACAACAGCCACGUUAGCACCUACAAGUACAGAAGAAUUAAGCACAACCACAAUCGCUCCUACGACCACCGAAAGAGUUACAACAAACACUAUCACUCCUACAAGCACAGAAAUAAGUACUACCUUAGCAACAACGACCACUAUCGCUCCUACGACCACCGAAGAAAUAACAACAACCACUGUAGCACCUACGACCACCGAAGGAAUAAACACUACUUUAGCAACAACUACCACUGUCGCUCCUACAACCACCGAAGAAAUAACAACAACCACUAUCUCUCCUUCAACCACCGAAGGCAUAAACACCACAUUAGCAACUACAACCACUACCGCUCCAACAACGACUUUAGCUCCUACGACCACUGAAGGAGUAACAACAACCACAGUCGCUACUAAAACCACCGAAAUAAGCACUACUUUAGCAACAACAACCACUACCGCUCCUACAACAACCACUACCGCUCCGACAACUACCACUAUCACUCCUAGGGCACCAAUGUUUCCCUUUCCACCUCGGAUACCAUUUCCGCCAUUUCCGUUUCUCGGAUCCUUACCUAAUUCUAAUUCAACAGUGAUUGCUAUACUACCUGUACCGCCCCUUCCUCCACUUCCAGCAUUUCCUCGGCUCCCACCUUUACCACGUCCCUUCGCAAAUUUUUUCGGAAAAUAG